AGCACUUACCAAACAAGAAGCAGGCAACGAGAGGAGUCGGGCGCUCGUUUCGUUAGGAAAACAUUAGUUACGUGCGUCUGUUGUGGAAAAUCGGUACAACUUUGCCUCGCACAGUAAGGAGCAAAAAAUUGCUUUCCUCUAUUUCUGGUGCGGUACCGUGCGGUCGGUUUGUGUUGCUCGUGCCAUAGGUGUGCCGGGUGCGUGCGACACCAAAAGAGUGCGUCGAUAUAUGCGUGUGUGUGUGUGUGCGUGCGUGCGUGCGUGUUUAUGCGUACCUUUCAGUCGGAUCCUGUAGCAUGCAGCUGUACGUGAAUAUUCACUAGGAUCAACAUUCAACAUUCGUGCACACAACAGCACCACAGCGCCAAUCAUCCAUCAGCAGCAACUAGUCGCACACGCGCGCGGGACAGCAUCGCGGUUUGGUGUGUGGGUUCCUAUAACGCGAAACCCACGGGGUCCCGCGGGUGCUAGCAGCAACACCGUCAACCCAUCAACAAAACAACGUCCAUCAGCCGCACGCGGGACGAAAAUAAAACCGAAACGUCAGACAGCCCGACAGCAAGCGAGAGGAUCUGAUUUUGUUUGUUGGUGUGUUUUGUGUUGCCGCAUACAACAGGCGAUCUCGCAGUACUCCUAGCACGGUGGAAAGCGGAACGCCGGAAACGAAGCAAAUAUACACACAUACACACCCAAACCCACCAACGCCAAACCAAUCAUGGCCAUGUCCAGUUGGAUGAUCCGUAGAAGUUUAAGGCAAAGAAAUCGCCCUGCACCGGAAGAUUGUUACCGGUUGGAUACGGACAAAACGUUGCGAGAAAACGCCACCGACAUCUACACCGGACUCUGCUCGAUACACACAACCGUUAACAAACGGCUCAGCCUGCUGAAUGGAUUGGUAAAGCUGAUCGAUCGAUGGAAGCGUGAUGCCGGGCUGGACAGUGGUGCGUCGCGCGAUUCGUCCGCCCCACAGUCGAGCCGAUCGGUCGCAUUACAUUCUGCCGGACGGGACGCCUCGCUUGGUUACACCGUACAGCAGUGGAUGUGCUGUAUCGGGCGCAGUCUCGUACACCAGCUGCCACAGAUACGGGCGGGUGCGUUACGCGCGUUGCGCCGUCUACUGCUUGCACCGUGUGAUAUGAGGGAGCUGAAUCGAUUGCAGCUGGCCCAUCUGGUGUGCCGUAGCCUUGACGUGAUGCUCCGUAAUGGGGAGGAACGGAUACAGGCGUUAAAGCUGGUGCGUAGAAUGCUGGUGGUAGCACCGGACGAGCUCCGACCGGCUAUCGUACGGUGUUUGGUAGCGCUCUGCGAAAGUGGUACGGCAGGGACGGGCACCACAGGCCCCGGAGGAGGAGGAGGAACAGGUGGUGGUCCUGGUGGAGGAGCAGGAGGAGGAGGACAUGCAGGCGGAUCGGGUGAGGAUCGGUUGUUGCGCUGCUGUCUUGCAACGUUGUGCGAAAUCGGCGUGCUGAAUCCGUUGCUGCUGAUCGAGUGUGGUGGCGUGGGCGUAAUUACACGCAGCGUACUCGAAUGCCACAGUCCGCGUAUCGCGGAAAGCUUGUGCGGUGUGCUGCUGUAUCUGCUGGAGUGGCCACGCACCCGAGACAUUGCCGGCGUACGGUUAGAUUGCUUUGCCGCACCGUAUUGCGACUUUACGUACCGGGUCGGCAUUAUGGACCGGUACAAGGAUGCGCGCGAGCUGCGUUUUACGUGCAGCCGGCUUGCGCUGCUGUCGGUGCUACGGUCCUGGGCUGGGACGAUCGAGUUCUGCGAUCCACAUCGACCGUCCGGUUUACGAUCGCUCAUCGACAUCCUGUACCUGAACCAGCUCGAGAUACGGAAGGCGGUGCUGGAUCUGCUGUACGAGCUGAUCGGUCUGCCACAACCGGUCUGGACGGAUGAGUACUCGGUCGCAAUGUCGGUAGUCGAUCCGGCCGAGUAUCAGGAUGCUUGGAGACUACACGAAGGUUUCGUCGCGGCCGAAGGUACUGCUAUCCUCCCCAGUCUGGCCGGUGCCGUACCGAACCUGUGUGAAAUUCAUCUAGCCCUCCUCCUGUACUGUUUCGUCGAGAACGGACUACUCAAUGCACUGAUCGAGGUGAUCAUAUCGAGCGAUACGUUUAUCUCCGUAAGGGCAACGAUACUAUUGGCACGCAUUACGCACCAGCUGCACUGUUUGCUGCCGGCAGAAAUUUGCGCCCGUACACCAACCGCCACCCUUCCGAUGCUGGUAACGCGCGCAAUCGAAGGUAACCAUCAGGCACGGGCCGCAAUAACGGCGCUACAGCAGCACCAUCUAAUGCUCCAGAAUCGGCCCGCUUCCUGCAGCCUGUAUCUCGAUUGUAUUAUCCAAAGCGGUGAGCUAAUUAAUACGCGUGCGUUUCGCCGUGAGCUGGUGGCACCGGGCAAUCGUACCGGUCAGCAGGGUAACGGCUAUGGAGUGGGUGGACCGAACGCAUACAAAUACGGUACGCUCGAUGGGUUGAAACGGGUGCGCCAUGAUUCGACCGGUUCGAGCGGUGGUAGCGGUGGCCUUGGUGGACUGUUCGGAAAUAUGUUUCUGAGCGGUGGCAGCGGGAGUGGUGGUGCGUACGAAUGGAAUACCAGCUAUGAUGGAAGCUUCGUCCGGGAUGUAACACGUGGCACCAUGCGGUCGGGUACGAUGAAGCGUACAUCCAAGCGGAACGUGCUACAACAGCUGUGGGCCAGCCUUACCGAGGGCGAUCGUUUGCUGAAGGAAUCGAAUGUGCUCGCCGUGAAGGAUGCCAACAUGUGGGACUGGGAUAUUAUCAUCACGAUCCUUCGGUCCGAUCUGCUUGGAAUGAAGCUGGACGAACAGAAUACACGGUUCGUGCGUCGAAUUGUAGAUUACUUUAAACCAAGCAACAAUCGCUUCUCGCAUCAGGAUUUUGCACAUCUCAACAGCAACCGGCAGAUGCCGGCAUACGUAACUGCCGGGUUGGAGCUGAUCGAUGCGAUGCUUCAAUCGACGGAGCUCGAAUAUAUACGCAUCCUUACGGAUCUGUUUACCGACAUUAGCCGGCAGCUGAUGGCAAUCCAUGCGAAGAAAUCGGCCCACGAAUGUUUGUUCAGCCCGCUGCACAUGACCGGUACGAUGUGUCAGCAUUACUUUCUCUUCAUCGGGCGCAUGUGUCGGACGGAGGGUGGGCUGGAGAUACUGCGCAACACGGACGUGUUCAAGGAGCUGUCGACGAUCGUGCUGAAGACGAAUCAUCUCUGUUACGUGAAGCUUAUUGUGUCCGGGCUGGAUUAUAGCCUGGAAGGUGAACCGCGCUUAAUACUGGCGAAGGCGUUACUGCGUCAUCCAUCGCCGAAGGCACGGCUGUAUGCAACGCAGAUGCUGCGCGUACUGCUCCGUGCCCGGUUGCCGAACUUUGAAGUGUGGGGCAUACAGCUGAUGCUAAAGCUGGUCGCUGCGAUGUUGGGCGAUGGGCAGACACGGUGCGUCCAGAUGGCGGCACUCGAUCUGCUGGAGGAGGCAUGCUACGAGCGUACGUACCUGGAGGAGCUGGCCCACUCCUGGCCACGGCUCGAUCGGCUUGGCCCGCGCGGUAAGAUGGUAAUGAUGCGGUUCUACUCGAUACCGCGCGGCAUUAACCAUCCCGAGGCACACACCGUGCAGGAGCUGGAACAGUGGGUUACGGUGUAUAACGAGCAGUACGUGCUGCUGGUCGAAUCCGACACACACGCGCACCUUACGCAGCAUAUCCGCACGGAGGAUGGUACGUACAGCAGGCGGCACAUAGCAAACGGUGCACCGGGUGAAAGUACGGCCGCCGGUGCACCAAACCUAGCGCCCCAUCUGUACGGGCAGCUCGUACAAACGAGUAAAGGCUUUUCGCAGCUGCUAAACCACGGCUCACUGGUCGAGCUGGCCGAACGUGUGCGUAACGGGGUGUGCAACAACGAGCAGGACUGUUUGCGUUUGAAGGCGGCACUGUGGGCCCUGUGUCAUACCUGCACGAGCAAGGAAGCGAUCGAGUACGUGAACGAACAUCUCCCAUGGUUGUUGCCCCAUCUGGUACAGCUCGUACGUACCGCGGACGUUUAUUCGAUACGUGCGACCGCACUCGGUGGGCUUUGUCUGGUAGCGAGCACGGCCCAGGGUGCCGAUGCGCUACGCGCGAUGGGCUGGGUAGCGGUACGGCACGAUCGUAACACACACUGGCCAGUGAAUGAGCCCGGCUGCUGGGAGACGGCCGUCCCGGCCGCAUCAUCCGCCAGCACGAACGAAAGCGACGGUGAAGGGCCGGGCCGCCGGAGGCACAGCUUUGCCUCAACCGAGGACGAAAGUACCGCCAACAGCGUUUCCUUUCUCGCGUCUUCCUGUCUCGUCACGGGCGACCUAUCGCCCAUACCGAGCACCUCCCAUCCGAGCAGCGUCGAGCGGGAGGUAAUCAAUGGCCGCAAACAGCAUCGCCAUCUGUUCCACGUACGGCGGCCACUGCUUUCGAGCUCGUCGGCAGACAUGACCGACGCGGAAGAUGUGCCGAUGCAGCUAGACAACAGCGAACGGUUGUUUUCCUUCUUCCGUACGUCGACGGUCACCGAACCGGUCGACUACGGUGGCAAGAUCCGUAGUCUCGAUCGGAAAUAUCAUCGGCUCAGCCUGCAGCACUACUCCUUAAGCGAAGAUGGUCAUUACCCGAGCGUUAAAGCAAAAUCUUCAUUUUUUCCUAUCAAAACUAACACACAGGGACCCUGCUUUAUCGGUAUUUGUUUCCCGCUGGACAUAAUGGAGCUUUUUCCAGAGUUGGAAACACGGCGUCCGCUAGCGCUCGGUUCACUCGUGCAGCUGGACCGUAGCAAAAUGCGAUCGAAGGAUUCGGGUCGUUCGAUGAAGGUGGUGAAACUGCGCGUGAAGACAGGCUCGGACGUGGAAGAAGGUAUCGCCGUUGAUUACGAGCAGGAGAUGAAGGGUGGUGCACCACCGAACGCUCCUGCUCCGUGCUCGCCAGCCUCCUCCAACCACGACGAAUCGGAAUCGGGCGAUGGCCGGCAACAGUGGUGGUCUUACGAGAAGCACAACCGUUCACAGUGCGUUCGAUGCUGCCGUGGGAAGCGUGUGGAAGAUCGUUGGAAUCCAGCCGACCUGGACGAUAGCGGUAGGCCCGUGCUGGAUGAUGCCAUAGCGAACAAUGUACUGCGGCACGUCCAGCGCAUGGCAAACCCGGUAUGGAGCAAACAGUCCCGGAGCGUCCUGCUCGACAUCAAGCAGUCCCAUCCGUACGUGUUUCAGGAUGUGUGCCUUUACUCGGAAGUAUGCCGUCUGCUCGGUUGCAACACGUACCGGCUCGGUUCGCGCCGUUUCCUCCAGGAGCUGUUUCUCGAUCUGGACUUUUUAGGUCCGUGCAAAACGACCACUCCGGUGGAGGUACCGAGCGUACCGCAACACACUACACAACACAAUACAGCGCCACCACCGACCACCUCCAAAGCUCUCCACACACCGCUACAGAUACAGACGCAGAAUCUCCCAGCGCCGGGCACGAUACCGGGUGGUACGAAGAGUCCGCUGCCCGGUGGAUUGAGUGCAUUUCUGCUACGCUCACCACCGCUGGCAAGCGUGCACGAAGCAAGUGUGGAAAAUUUGGACGAAAUGUCGACCACCCCGAAACAGCGCGACUCGGUACGGACGGGACAGCAAGAACCGUUCCCAGCUACCGUACGUGAUCCACCACGGCAGCAAUCGGGCGUAACCACAGCGGACGAUGAGCUGACAACGGUACGGUUGCGUGAUCCGCACGGUACAUCCACAAUGCCACCGCCUACCACCGCUCACCACCACCGUCCCCGAUCGAUCGGUGCGCAGAGUGGUAGCGGUAUGAUGGAACCGGUACGGCCCCGCUUCAAUACGCUCGAGCUAGAUUUGAGCUGCUCGCGCAACAAGUUCCCGAUACGGGACCGCAGCAAGCUGGACUACUCACCGACAACGCCACCGGUUGCGUACGGUACCGGAACCGCCCUACCACUGUCCGCCAGCAGCUCGUCGGCAUCGUUCAUCAGCACCGGCAGUGCGUCCGCCGUUACCAGCCCGACCCAGGGCGUACCGGGCGCAUCGGUCACCUUCUACAAUCUGUUCUGCGAGCAGCGUUUACGGCUAAAGUCAUCGAAAUCGGAAGCGACCCUUACGAAAAACCCGUAGUAUCUUCCCGUCUAGUCAGGAAAAGCUGUGGGAACGGCUCGUUCGAAACACUUGACUCCCCCCCCCCCCCCCCCCCGCGGUUCGAUUAGUUGUUUAUAUAUGUAAAUGUGUGUGUGUGUGUGUGUGUGGUUUCUUGAUUUUUUUAGUCAUAUAUUAUUUUUCCCCACGGCCAAAAAUGGAGGGGGGGGGGGGGAGGGGGAGGGAGAAAAAACAAAAAAAUCGUGUGGAGCCGUAGCAAUCCAAAGUUACGUUAAUAAUCCUGUUCCUAACACAAAACCGCCGCAAAUCAUAUACGCUAGAUACACUGCGAUACGUUAGCUCUUUA